GAGCUCUGUUUUUGGUUUGGUUCUUUUUGUUCGUCGUGCUGUUCCUUUUUACUCUAUUUGUUCUUUUGAUUUAUUUCGUCUGCUUGAUUAUGGAAUAAUUUGGUGCGUAACUGCUUGGGAUUGAUUUGGGAGGUUUGCUUCGCGGUAAUGUUCAUUAAGUUCUUGCUGCGAGCGUAUUAGAAUACGAGUUGUGUAGGCUUCACGUGCUGAGGCUUACGUCGAUUUUACUCCUGCGCUGGAGUUUUCUCUACUUCUAGUUUUGAGUUUCUUUUCCGAUUAAGGGUAGUGGAAUUGAGUGCUGGAUCUUGUGGGCGGGAUGGAUUUUGUUGGUCGUAUAUGCAAUCAGUGUUUUUGCAUAUGAUACGAGCUGCUGUUGGAUGGGUAAUGACGUCGAAGCUCACAUGGUUUUAGCUUCGUUGCGAUGUUAAAGCUCACAUGAUCUGAGAUUAAGCGUUUGCUUAAUGUCGUAUCAAGCUUACUAUAACUGGUUCCCGCCAUUGAUUGCUGAAUCCAAUUUGACGAAAAUUACAAGAAGUUAACGAAUGGAAACCCGAAGUUUCGAAAAGAACGGUAGUUACCAGAUUUUGGGCAACUUGGGUGGUACUCUUACGCUAGCGCGAUGAAAGAACCAUUUGGGUUGCGUUUUUUAAUCUAUAUGCUGAACCGAGAGUUGUUUGUCGGUUCUUUAGUUGCAUGAUUUAUACCGGUGAAAUUGUCAGACAUCCGGAGAGAAGUUCAAUGUCCUAUCUGCUUAGGAAUCAUCAGAAAAACUAGAACCGUGAUGGAAUGCCUGCACCGUUUCUGCAGGGAAUGCAUUGACAAAUCGAUGCGUCUAGGUAACAAUGAAUGCCCUGCUUGCCGCACUCAUUGUGCCAGUCGACGCUCUUUGAGAGAUGACCCAAAUUAUGAUACCUUGAUUGCUGUGUUAUAUCCAGAUAUUGACAAAUAUGAGGAAGAGGAAUUGGCUUUCCAAGAAGAAGAGAAAGCUCGUAAUAAGCAGAUCCAAGCUUCCAUUGCUCAGAUACUUCAACGACAAACUGAAGCUUUGGGUAGAAAACGUCCUAAACCUUCAAGGAGAUUGAGUUCUAGAGGACGAAAAAACUUCCAGAAUCAUAUUGACAGUCUAGGCUUUGAUGAAAACGAGGAUGAAAAUGAUUAUGAGGUAAGCAAAAAUUCAUCUUCUGCUGACGAGCGAAUGGACACACGACCUAAAAGAUCCAGGAGAGGAUGUCCUGUUAGAUUUUCCUUGUCUUCUUCAGCUACUGGGGCUGACGGGGCAGAUGGUGGUGGUAAUGAAAAUGAUUAUGAAGUGAACAAAGAAUCAGUUGGUGCAUCUACGGGGCUUGUUGGUAGCUCAGAAAGACUUUCAUGGGGCAAAGGUGGAAUAAGAAGUCACACUAGAUAUGGGGGUACUAAUGGAGGGACCGGUAAAAUCUCCAGGACUAACCGCCACACAAAGCUGUCAGAUUAUGUUCGAAACACGGAAAAUAUCAGCGAAGAGUUGGACGUCCACCUUAUGCUCGUUUCCAUGGAUGAAAAUAGAAUACCCGCAUUGCAAAGACCAUUCCUUUGCUGCAGGCCUUCAGUGACGAUUGGACACUUAAGUCAAUAUGUUGCUCUCGAGACUGCGCUUUCCGUCGAUGUCGUUGAAAUGUACAUGGUGAAAGAGCUGCAAAUGAAACUCAAUCCUUCAACCUCGAGAACUCUUAUGGACCCAUGUAAAGAUAGUGUACAGAUAUUAAACGAGCAAGAAACGCUGUCGAUGGUCAAACUCAAAACGCACUGUCUAGCUUGUGGCUAUCUGCUUUUGGCAUAUCAGAUAAAGGGCUAAAGUUCUACUGAAGACGAACUUAAUUAGCUAAGGAGAAAAAGAGCCAUCAAAUCUCUGCAUGCAGACAUACUCAUGCUCACUAGCGAUUCAUAUUAGGAAUAAAGAUGUAAGUAAUUUCCGUACAUGUACAUGUGUUGUCUUUCUUCCCCUUCUGAAUGUGUUAUCUAACCACCUCCAUUAGUUUCUUCUUAUUGGUUUCCCCCAUUUACCUGUAAUUGAUGCACCUGGAAGGAGUGCAAUUUUCACGAAUCCACGUAAACUUAGCUUAGUGGAUAAAACACUAAUUAUCAUUCUGAAAUCUAUCUCAAUUCAGAUCAGAUAUGGUCCUGAUAAUUCAUUGUAA